AGUGGUGUUCUACUUCUCGUCUGUGUCUCUGUACCCUGGAUUCCUAAUGGUUGGCUACGGAACUGUCUUCACUAUGCUUCCUGUAUUUUCAUUGGUGCUUGACAAAGACAUACCGAGUAUAACGGCACUUAGAUACCCACAACUGUACAAGCAACUCUCCAAAGGUCGGCAGCUGUCUUACAAGUCCUUCUAUAUAUGGACUGGUAUAUCUAUUUAUCAAGGAGGAGUAAUAAUGUACGGGGCGCUAGUAUUAUUCGAGGACCAAUUAAUUCAUAUAGUGGAGAUCAGUUAUACAGCGCUGAUCCUGACUGAACUGAUAAUGGUGGCACUGACCGUGGUUACGUGGCACUGGCUCAUGGUGGGCGCGGAGCUGGUCAGUCUAAUGAUGUAUAUUGCCACGCUGCUCAUAUUUACUACGUAUUUCGAUGGCGACUUCAUUCGACACUGGGAGUUCUGGUGGAAGGUAAUUGUAAUAACCCUAGUGUCCUGCCUACCCCUCUACAUAGUCAAACACAUGCAUCGGAAAUGGAGCGACCGCCAGUACAAAAAUAUAAGAAAAUGAUCUUUAUUAGUAAGUAGUUUAGGUUCAUGUUACAAUGUGAUUCACGUUUAUCAUAAGGUCUUGUUGCACAUAUGAUAAUUAUUUAUAAUGUUAGGGUUUUUUUGGUUAGACCGUGUGGUUCCAUUAUUCUAUUCCAUUAAUAAGGUUAAAUUAUAAUACUUCAUAAUGAUAAAUGAUAUUUAUUUCUGCAAAUAGGAUACAAGGUAACACUUCUACAUGUCAAUCUUUAAAUGAUGUACUAAAUGACGCCUUCAUUUCCUAUCGGAUUACCCUGACAAGAAAUACCGAAAGAAACACGACAGAUUCUAAAUUUUUCUUUUUUAUUAGAACGUUGUCCCACCCUGGAAAUAUUCUCCUGUAUCGUGGGUGCGUUUACAAACAUACAAGUUCACAUACACAUCACACCCAGACCCGAAACAAUUAUUUGUAGAUCACACAAAUAGUUGCUCCGUGCGGGAAUCGAAUCGAAUCAAAAGAUCUUGCUUGAUGUAGCACGAAUAAACUUAAAUAUUUGAAAGAUAAUCACAUUUUUUAUUAAGUAACAGCGAUUUAUUUGAACGAAAAUAUAAAUUCUAAAUUUUGUCAGUGUAGGUAUGUUUGUAGUCGCCAAUCACGUCAAAACGGGUGAAGAGAUCAGGGUGAAAUUCGGAACAGGGGAAGGUGAUCUGGAAUUACAUAUAGGCUACUUAUUUUUUACACAGGAAAACGCGGACGAAGAUUGUCAAAAGCUAAUAAUUUAUAAUUUUAUCUCAAAGCUUCGACCAGCUUGCUACCCGGUCUAACCAAGCAAUGAUUAUAAUUCUAGUAUUCGUUAUUAUCAUAAGUUACUGGAUAUACUCUCUCACAUUCUAGAGAUUCUCUCGUUACCUUCUUAGACUAAGGCCAUAGAUUAUAGACUAUAACAAAUUAAACACUCGCCUUUUUAGCUACCACAGACAAAAUUACACUUUAGAAUUCUAACUAUAGUGAUACAAACUAAAUUAACUAUUAAUCACGGGUUACUCACGUGAAUAUACUGUGUAAAGCUCUACUAGUU